AAAAGCUAGGAACUAGUACACUGCACCUUUUCGGAGAAGGAGGAAAUCAGAGUUAUCGAGAACGUGGGCUAUCACCUUUGGAGCAAGGAUCUAGUGUCGAAAAUUAUGCUAAGAGGACGGCACAAUAUCUUGUGUUUUUACUGAAAACAUCAGGACCGAAGAAUCAACAUCAAGAUUUGCGACGACACCUCGAAAAUGUUUGUUCAUUGUCGAGUUUAAAGGAUACGUUACCGUCUGGUGAUCAGUCGGGUACUAAUAGUGAUGAUAUUUUCAACAUGGAGAUGGAAGAAGAGGAAGUAGAUGAAAUAGACUAUGAUGACUAUGAUGGCUGUGAUGACUGUGAGGACAAUGUUUCGCAAAACAAUCAGUGUUACGAGGAAAACGAAAACGAAAAUGAAAAUGAAGAUGAAGAUGCAAAUGAAAAAUACUUUCAAGAGGGUACAGUAUACCUAGAGCUACACAAGGCGCUAAAGAUUGCAUUUCUUCAACAAUACAACUAUGACGUGAAUAUCGAAAAGACAGAAAUCAACAAGUUUUUGGCAUGUCUUUCUGUGUACAAGGAUGGAGGAUUGCGGUAUGCCUAUGAGCUUUGCCCAUAUCUUGCUCGAUUAAUUUACAGUUGUCGUCUAGUUGCCGCGUCAGAGUUUCGAUGGUUGGUAGAGGAAAAACUAGUCGACGUGUCUUCCAUUCCGGAUUUCCACAAAUCAGACUCAAUUGCAUAUUCCCAAGUUUUUCGAUAUAUAACACCAGGGAAUAGUAACUUGUUUGAUUUUUUAAGUGAAACCAACAGAAUGCUUCAUCUGCUGAAAAGAAGAGAAGGAUAUGCUCAUUCGCUUAUUGGCUUGAGCCCAACUUUGGUAUUGUUUCGACAUGCUCCCGAUUCGAUCUAUCCGUGCAUUGGCGAAGCUAGAAAUGGUCUAGUUCAAUUCAGUCUAGAUGAUUUGAUUCAACUGUACAAUCGCUUAUUCGAAAAGAUGCAGGUGCUUUUUCGAGAACUUUGCUUUGGAGUCAAGGUAGAAGAGUUGUUGCCGUACUCACUGCUGAAUUCCAUUGAAGACGAAAUCAACGACAAUAGUAUAAACUAUAGUUUUCUGAAAAAUUCUCUGGAAUGCUCGAUGGCAAAAACAGUUUUACUGCGAACUGUGUUGGAAAAUCAAGAACUUCGAUCUAGGUUUCUACCUGGAACAACGUGGGAAGGAGUAGAAGAAUUUCUGGAUUCCAACAAAGACAACCCGAUCGGGUCUUUUAAUAAAGUGCAAUGGUCAAGUAUUGCAAUUAAGAAUUAUGCUCAAAAGGCAUCGGAAUUCAAUGAGCUUUUGUACUGUUUGGUGUACAUCUCUGCGGGUCAACCGGCGCGAGCCCAAGAAAUGGGUUACUGGUAUUUUAAAAAUACAAAGUUUAAGGCUAGAGAGCUGUACGUUAUAUUUGGAAGGCUAAUGAUUUACACCAGGUAUGACAAGACACGAAACAUGAAGUUUGCUGAAAAGCCCAUUGCCAGGUUUCUGCCCGAGCCUCUUUCUAUACUUGCAAUACGAUACUAUGCGUUAGUGCGACCAUUUGAGUCUUUAUUGAAUUAUGUAGAAACUCACGAUGCCAAAGCGGCCUCCAUAUAUGACAAGGCAAUGUUUGUUGUAGGGGGUCAGCUAUUGACAAUGAAUGCGCCUUAUCGAAUUUUUCCAAGAGUGACUUAUGAGAAUAUUCAAAAGUCAUUGGGAUUUAGGAAUUAUCGUCACAUUGCCCACUACUUUAAGGAAAGAAAUAUCGAAGAAGAAGGGGUAAGAGAUUCGUUCUUUGACAUGCAAGCUGGUCAUGCACGAAGUACGGCUUUGUUAAUUUAUGGUCGCACUUCCGAUAAUUUGAAAAACUUGCCGGCGGAUUUUUUCACAAACUUUUUUCGGACAAGUUUUCGAUGGCAAGAGCUGUUAGAAAUCAAAGGAAAUAGCAGUGGUGGAUUCAUAAUUGAGGCCAGCAAGCCACAAAACAAAAUUGACCAAUUAUUGGAAAAAAUUGACGAAAUAGAAAUGACGCAACAACGUUUGUUGGUAUGGAAAGCGAAAGCGCCGACACAAGCACAAACUCAGAUGCAAAUGCAAAUGCAGUACGGCGACAAUUAUGAAAACACACAUGUCGUCGAAAAAGAGAUUCGUGGGCAAGGACAACAAGGUCAAGAGCUGAAUUUGAAA